AUGGAGCAUUGGCAAGGCUUGCUUUGCGCUCUUUGCGCGGCGCUUGCCUUUGGUGUGCAAUACGCACCUGUAAAGAAGUACGAGAUAUACGAUGGCGUCACGUUUCAGUGGUUCAUGUGCGCUGGAAUUCUGAUGGUUGGCUUCGUGGCAUCCAUUAUCUUCAAUGACUUUGGAAUGAAGGACAACGAAUGUCUGUUGAUCAUUGCUGGUGGGGCGCUCUGGGCUCUUUCGAACUAUCUGGUGCUGCCAUUGGUUAAGCUGCUGGGAAUCGGUCUUGGCUUCUCCAUGUACCACUUUGUCAAUCUGAUGGUGGGUUACCUCGUCGGCAGAUUCGGCUUGUUUGGCAUGGAUGCAGGUUGUGCUCUCAUCUUGGUGUCGUUCGUCAUCAUGGUUUUCGUGGAAGGCGAGCAUGGCAAUGAGGAACGCCAACCUAGUACGCCAAUCGAUCUGCCCCAGCCCAUGUUUCAGAUCGAUACCAACUAUCGGGAAAUGUACCAUCGCUGGCGGCAAGGCGAGACCAGAGGCGCGAAAGAUGCGCCGAUGUUGAACGCCCUCCGCACGACCAUGUUUGGAUAUUCUGCCAUGGAGACUGGCAGCAACCUGAAGGCUGUGGGAGGCUUUGCCCUUGGCCCGGUGCCUCCAAAGCCCCGUGCGGGCUCGGCGACGGCGUCCGCCUUCCUGGAUGACAGGCACCACGUCUACAUGCCACGGAAUGCCAGCGAGCCCAACAUGGCGACCUCGAGUGGCAGCGGCGACAUCGUGUCCCUAGAGAGCGUGCCAUCAGGCGCCUCCACGCCGAUUGGCGGCCGGCCUCGGAUGGCCAAACUCCUCGGCGUGGCCCUUGCCCUGUUUGCCGGCGCUCUUGCAGGUGUACAGAGCGUGCCAGCAGCCAUCUACAAUCAACGGCACCCAAAUGCACGCCCCACGGUGGUCGUGUUUCCGCAGUGCCUGGGGAUCUAUAUCUGUUCCAGCUUUAUUUACCUGGCUUAUGCGGCUGUUGCCCGCGCAUCGGGCUGGUCGAUCCCUCACUCGGCGAUCCGGCCUCCCUACUUCAGCGGCUGCAUUUGGGCCGUCGGAUUUUCCUUCAUGAUUGUUGGGAUUUCAGCCCUUGGUUUCUCUAUAGGAUACACGCUGGAUGCUGUGGGGCCGAUCGUGGUGGCGAGCAUGCUGUCGAUUUUCGUGUUCAAGGAGAUCUCCGGGCCGAGGCAGCUGCUUCUGUACUGGUUGUCAUUCGGGCUGCAAUUCAUCGGCGUGGUGCUGAUGACUGUCUACGGCAAGCAUGACAGCUGA